UCCACAAAGACUCUUUGCAAUCAAGGCUACAAAAUGACUAGCCAUUCUCAGGGAAUCCAGCAGCUUCUGCAGGCAGAAAAGCGUGCCAAGGACAAGCUUGAAGAAGCCAAAAAAAGAAAAGGAAAGAGAUUGAAGCAAGCCAAGGAAGAAGCCACAGCUGAGAUAGACCACUACAGGCUCCAGAGGGAAAAGGAUUUCAGACAGAAGCAGUCCAAUAUAAUGGGAUCUCAAGGUAACCUAUCAACAAAAGUAGAUGAAGAAACCAUAGCAAAGAUCCAGAACCUCGAUAGUAACUACCACAGGAACCUGGAGAGUGUGUUGGGACAUAUCUUGAACAAAGUGUAUGACUUCAAUCCUGAACUCCACCCAAAUUAUGUAUAUACACUUUAAAUCCUGUGUUGAAAUGAGUUUUAUUUUUAUUUUUGAAGAAAAUAAUGCCAGCCCUCCUGUUAGGCAGAGUGAAAGAGCUUGAUUCAUUUGGGAUUCAGGGAUACCAUUUUCUUGAGGUACCAUUGUAGGGUAGUAUAUUGUCAAUUACUGUAUUUUAACACCAGCAUGUAUUGGGCUGGAAGCCAUUUGGAUUUUCUUCUUCUGACACCAAAACUGUCAUGAGCUGUCUCUGAGCAGAAGGCAUUUCUUUCCCUGAAUUUGUUGUUUUCUGUAUUCCACUGCAUAUGUAGCUAUAAUCACUAAGCCAAGAGUAUGUUGGUAUGCCUAAGAUAUGUGAUGUGACCAGUUCCUCAAAGGUUUCACACAACUAUUUGUCAACAUGGGCUUCCCCCACCACCACCAUUAAAAGAAAACCCUGUAGCAAAGAAAUUGUUGAUUAAUUAUUGGGGGGGGGGGGUUGGGAGAAACAGAAGAAGUAAUUCUUUGACACCAGCAGCUUUUAAGUGGGUGUCUUAUACUUUUUUUGCUUAUGUUCUCUACUCCUUAAAAAGUCUUCUGUUCAUGUGACUUGGAAAUCUGCUUGUCACAAUAUGUGGAAUGUUUAAGAUAACCAUGUAUGUAAUAAAAUAGUACAGAGAUAUUAUUAGACCUAAAAUUAAAGCCUUUGCUUCUAAUGUGGUACAUACAGGAGAGGCAACAAUUCUACACACUGAACAGUUUUAAAACUGGGUACUUUUAUAGUACUGAAAUGGGGUAUGUGUCAGGAGCCAACUUUAGUAGUCUUCAAACAGUGAUAUUAAGGUUACUAGGUGUGCCUCUGGAGAUGAAUUUAGUCUCUGCUAAAUACACCUUAAAGAGCAUCAGCAUGUUGUAGUUUGAGCAUUGGACUACAGCUCUGGUGACCAUAGUUUGAAUCCCUGCUUAGCCAUGGA